AUGUCUAAUUUAUUCCAGCUUUCAGCUGCACAUAGAAGAUUGGAAAGUUUAUCAACAGAUCAUAAAAAUGUUUGUCUCGCAUACAACGAGGAAAAGGUAUACAUAAUAUACUGGAAAUUAUUUUCGAAACCUUUACUAUGGAAAUAGUAUGAUCUUCGUUGAAAAUAGUAUAUAAAUCAAAUUUUCAUACUAAUUGCAAUUUCCCCUUUUAAGUGAGAUUUUGAUCAAGACAAAUCUGGACAAAAAUUUCAUCACAGCUUGAAAGAGCAACACAAAAUUAGUAAUAUUCCGAAGUUUCGUUGCGAAAUGUUGUAAAAUGCGGAUAAUAUAGCCCUGCGAAAUUUGCAAUUUUCAGUCAUUUUGUAUUACAAACGGGAAAUUGAUGCCCCAACACCCGAUUGGGCUGUCAAUUUCCCUUCCGUAAUACAAAAUGACUGAAAAACGGCAAACUUCGCAAGGCUAUAAUAAUUAUCCGCAUUUUACAACAUUUCGCAACGAAACUUUGGAAUAUUACUAAUUCUGUGAUGCUCUUUCAUGCUAUGAUGGAAUUUUGUCUAGUUCAAAAUUUUAGUUAUAAGGGGAAAGGUCCAUUGCAAUUUCUAUAUUAUGAAUAUAGUAUGGAAAUAGUAUGGAUAUACUACUAUGGAUUUAGUGAUGCAAUCGCAAAUUCCAUGGUAUGAAUUUCACUUUUUUUCCAGUGAUAAUUAUACACAUACAAACCCUUUAAAUGACUACAAUGGCAUGAAUUAAGUAAAGGAUGGAUGGAUAAAUUAACAAUCAUUCACCGAGAUGGAGGCCUUGAAUAGGACAAGGAUAUAUUAAUUAUUUUACAAGGAUAUAUUAAUGCAUGAUUUAUGAAUCAUUUCAAAUGAGAUGAACUAAUUUUUCUUCUGCCAAUGUUCUUUAAGCACACCCUAAGUCAACCAAAAGAAUCAAAACUUUAUAUUACUUGGCAAAGUCAUGAAUCGUAUUAUGUUAAUUCUAAAUGUGUUAUUAAAUGAAUGAGCUUUGAAAACCUUCAUAUCUCUAUUUAGCAAAGAUUGAUACAACUUGAAGAAUUGCAAGGUGUUAAAGAUGAAAUUGAUAAGGUAGGGUAAUGGAAUACUAUUAUAAAUUCACGAUGAACUGCAUAGUUAGUUCUCACGAACUUAACCUGAGUACUGUGCUCUAUUUGACAACUAAUACCAAAAUCCAGCCUGCUCAUGAGCAGGCUCAUAUAUACCAAAAAUCAGCGUGUUCAUGCAUGACCAUCUGGUUGUUGCUAGAACUAUUGACCAUUUGAAAGAUAACAAAAAAACUGGAGGUGCUUUAAAAUUUAUUGUAUUUUUGAAGGAAUCGACGGGAACGCAAGAAUACUUAACAAGUGUUAUAUCUGAUUUGGCUGCGCAAAAAGAGGUAUGAAUGAAACACUUUAUUUGAAGACUCUUUAUUUGAACUUUUUUAUAGGAACUUCUUCUUCUGCCAUCUUGGUAUGACCUUAUUAGUUAUUCACGGGCAAAUAUUUCUAUUCCAGGCUUUACAAAUGGAGCGAAACAAGAUGGAGGCAGAGCUGUUUCAAGUACGAGAAGAUCUAAAUCGUUUGAUGGUCCGUAAUGCCUCGACGUUCUCCUCUACAGAGAGACGCGAACCGCUACGGCCACCUGGGACGUUUAGCACGGCUGGUAACUCUCUGCAGCAAGAAUUACAAGAAAUUACAGUAAGUAUAAGAAAGAUAUGGAUUGCUAGCGAUAGAACUACCUGAAAAUACAAGGAGAACUUCGACGUUUCGAGCGAAAGCCCUUCGUCUAGAUGUAAUGUACUCAGGUGAAUAAGACGCUUGUGAUGUCACUCUGAGUGUAGCUCAGUUGGCAGAGCAUUGGGCUAGUAUUCCAAAGGUCGUAGGUUCGAUUCCCACCGUGACCAGGCAUAUCUUUCAAGCCUAUCCGUUGUGGAUGUACACUCAGAGUAACAUCACAAGCAUUCUAUACUGACUAGCUUCUAACUUUCCGACGAAAGGCCUUCGCUCGAAACGUCGAAGUUCUCCUUGAAUUUUUCAGGUAGUUCCAUCCCUAUCAACCCGAAGCUUAUUGGCACUAUCUACAGUGAACCUUUUUAUACAUUACUCUAAUGUUUGGUUACACCUUUGGAAAAGCUGAAUGAUUUUGCCAUCUUUGAGAAAGUACAUGGGUAUAGUAAACAGUGUUUCCUGAUUUUUCCAUCUUUGGGAAACAUGGCUAGGAAACAGUGUUUCCUGAUUUUUCCAUCUUUGGGAAACAUGGCUAGGAAACAGUGUUUCCUGAUUUUUCUAUCUUUGGGAAACAUGGCUAGGAAACAGUGUUUCCUGAUUUUUCUAUCUUUGGGAAACAGGGCUAGGAAACAGUGUUUCCUGAUUUGCCCACCUUUGGGAAACAGGGCUAGGAAACAUGCAGUGUUUCCUGAUUUUUCCGCCAAAUUUUUCCAUCUUUGGGAAACAUGGCUAGGAAACAGUGUUUCCUGAUUUUUCCAUCUUUGGGAAACAUGGCUACGAAACAGUGUUUCCUGAUUUUUCCACCUUUGGGAAACAUGGCUAGGAAACAGUGUUUCCUGAUUUUUCCAUCUUUGGGAAACAUGGCUAGGAAACAGUGUUUCCUGAUUUUUCCAUCUUUGGGAAACAUUGCUAGUAAACAAAGUUUCCUGAUUUUCCCAAACAUGGGAAACAUGGCUAGUAAACAAAGUUUCCUGAUUUGCUCACUUUUCGGAAACAUGACUAUGAGAAUAUAUUUCUAUUUUUUCUGUAUAGUGCGACGACUGUUUGCCAUCACCCAUAGUUGGUCAUUCACCAUCUUAUAACCAGAAUUCUUCCUGUGAAAGCGACGUAUUUGACAGUCCAAGUAUGACCGAUUCAGUGGCAUCACCUUUGUCGUUGAUGUCUCUAAAUUCAUCCACCAACUCGCCUUUGUCCAAAUCUAAUGAAUAUUUUGCUGCUGUUUCUCAAGUGGUAAGUCUUCACCAUAGAAUGUUGUGUAAUAAAGUACUGUUUAAUAAACGAGCAGGAGUGUUUUAUUAGGUUUAAAGCCACGAGCGCGUAGCGCGAGUGGCUUUAGACCUAAUAAAACACGCGACCUGCGAAUUUAUUAAACGCCUUCAAACACGACUACAAAUUCAAUAGAUAUAUACUGCCUUGUUAGUAUUCUUUAUAUAAAGAAUACUAAUGAAGGCACGACUACAAUAGAUACUGCCUUAUUAGCAUUCUUUAUAUAAAGAAUACUAAUUAGGAGUGUUUUAUCAGGUUUAAAGCCACUGCACGUGACAUAUUAUGGUUGACAUGAUUUGCCAAUAAGCUUAUGAAUUAUUAAUGAGUGUUUGAAGUAUAUUGUAGCACUCCAGUUUUCUUUCAUCCAAUGAGAGACGUCGUUCUGAAUUUGACCAAUGAGAGACGUCCGUUCUGAAUUUGACCAACGAGAGAUGUCCUUUCUGAAUUUGGCAAUUUGGCCAACGCAAGAUGUCCUUUCUGAAUUUGACCAAUGAAAGAUGUCCUUUCUGAAUUUGACCAAUGAGAGACGUCCUUUCUGAAUUUGACCAAUGAGGGACGUCCUUUCUGAACCUCUAAAGAGAACAGUCUAAAAAAUAUCCCCAGUAUCAAAUUAAGUUUAGGUCACUUCCUGAUAAAGCUGGACCAAUAUGUGAAGUAUAGCACUCUGGGUAGAGAGUUUAAAACGUCAUCGCUUAUUUUAGUCACAAGAUUGCAAUGUUAAUGUGCAAAUUGAAAUUUCUCGGAGCAAAUUGCAAGUUUGCAACCGCUUUUGA